UGAUUACCGAGCUUGCCAAAAGCUCCACAUAGUGGCAGCACUGGAGGAGGCCAAUGGACAUCUAGCUCUUCCCUUUUAUUGCUGCAAAUUACGAAUUAAAAAAAUAUGAGGAUCCUGCCUGCGCUCUACCGUGGGAGAUUUCCUCAAAAUGAGGCAAAAGUAAAGUUUAUAGAACAACUUCCAUUGAAUCUCAGGAACAAGAUUUCCAGCAAAGGAAAUUCAGGAAAGGAACGAGGAUGUUUAUAUGAAAUUACACUUUUAUUGAACUGCUUACAAACUAAUGCAUUUGAAGAAAAGUUGUGUUCAAAGGAAGUAAUGAAUUUUGAAAAAUGUUACGAUUCUUACAUUACUAAGUCUAAGGUCAAUAAGGAAAUGCAGAAAAAGGGAAUACUUGUACCCGGUAGUAAAAUGCUCACACAUAAACAGCUGAAUGUGCUCUUUAAGAAAUAUCCUCAUGAAACGAGAAAAAUGUAGAGACUUUUUAUUGAUCUGUAUUUAAACGCACCAUGCUGUAUUUCCUAUGUAUUACAAACCGCAUACAA